AUGCGAACGAGCGGCAAACAACACUGGAAGACACCUCAGGGUGGGGUAGACGUGCCCUGGACGUCUCUGUUCCCUCACAGUCGCCCAGCCGUGCUGAAGAAGUGGGUGCAGAAGAUGCAUCGCAAAAAUUGGGCCCCAUCUAAAUCUUCGGUGCUCUGCAGCAGACACUUUGAGGAGGCCUGUUUCGAUCGUACAGGGCAAACUGCGCGACUCAAGAGUGAUGCUGUGCCUACAAAGUUUGACUUUCCACAGCACCUCCUGAAAAGGGUACAGCCAAGAAAACCACCUCCAACAAGACAUAACAUAGAGGUAGAGCAGGACGUCAACCAUGAGAUUUCACAGCCAGGGCCAUCGUGGGCUGCAGGUCCAGGGGUCUUGUCACCUCAGCCAGUCCGAUCCUCACAUAACCUUGCUGCUGACCACACAUACACAGUGCAAGAGAGAUCACGGACCUUAAAAAGGAAGAUAGACGUCACAGUUGAAGCACUGGACAACGUGAAGAAGAAGCUGAAACGCUCUGAAGAAAAUGUCUGA